GUCCUUCAGCUUACAUGACAUUUCUUAAAUUUAACCGCUGUACUAUAAACUUGUGUGUUCGGCGUCACCCAGCCUUACUUACUACCAUCUCGCCGCAGACCGUUGAGCGUUGGUGCUGUUUUACCUCGGUGUAUUCCAGUCGCUGUUAAUUGAACAUCCCUGAAAGUGAAAAGUUCUUUGUCUUUAGCUCCCCAAACAUGAAACCGUUUGUUUACUUUGCAAUCUGUUGCCUCUCGAUAAAUGCAGUUGACGCUGCCCUCGCACAGUGUCACUCCUGCAUUGAAGCUGAUGAAGCUUCUUGCUCUGCAAACCAGAAAAACCAAACCUGUGCGUCAGAUCCACUCUCACUGGGAACCACUCACUGCGCUUCCGUUGCAAUAUCUUAUUAUGGAAAUGAGACUGACAUCCUAAAUGACAAACUACAUGAAGGCUUCAUAAGAGGAUGUAUUGAUUGCGGAGACAAAAAUGCAGCCUGUUAUGCUCUCGAGGGUGCGCUCAAGGCUCAGAAAACAUGGAGCGUACGGAACUGUCGAAUUGAAUGUUGCACUGGUAACAACUGUAACACGCAGAUACCAAACCUACAUACUGGCCGUGGUAAAAGAGUUUUUACACCAGAAGCUGACUGGCCCAAAAAGUGUAACGCUUGCAGUGAAAAAGAUGCAGGUACUUGCGCAGCCAGCGAACGGAGUCAAACCUGUGUGACGGAUCCCAAGUCACUAGGCUCAACGUAUUGUGCCUCUGUUUUGGGACAAUACCGCGACAAGGCUGGAAAAGUCCAUGAAUCCUUCUUUCGAGGAUGCCUUGAAUGCUCAAGCGCAAAACAAGCAUGCUUCAGUUUAGGUGGCUUUUUUAAGAGGGAUAGAGAGUGGACGAUGCAAAAAUGUGCAAUCGACUGCUGCCAGACGCGAUACUGUAACACUGGGGUCCCAACAAUCACCCCAGCUGCCAUAUCUGUGUUUCCAGUGACCGCUGAGUGUAAUGGUUGCUUCGAGAGUGAUCCAGCCUCAUGUAAGACGAAUCAAGAGCCUCAGUUUUGCGCUUCGAGUGAAAAAUCACUGGGUACGAGCCACUGUGCCUCGGUGGUUGGGUUAUUUCGUGACCAAAAUGGAAACAAUGUGAAUGGCUUUUAUCGAGGCUGUGUGGAUUGUUCAGAAAAGAAGAUAGCUUGUUCUGCUAUUGGUGGAUAUGUCAAAGCAAACAAACGUUGGUCGCUCGGCCAAUGCGAAAUCACGUGCUGCUCUGGUAAUAACUGUAACACCCAUAUCCCAACGCUAACAGACGCCACAUCAGUCCUCGUGUUUCGGCCCCCAGCAUCGGGACAAAGUCUGCAGUGUCUGUAUUGCCUCAAAGUUAACGGUGGACAGUGUUUCGACGGGAAAAUCCAAGUUUGUGCCACAGAUCGAGAAUCACUUGGUACCAGGCAAUGUUAUGCCGCAGCAAUCAGAUAUUGGGAUGAAUCGAGUUUACAAUCUGACUCACCUAGGGAUGGUUACAUCCAGGGAUGUAUCGAUUCAUGCGAAGAUGAAGAGGCAGCUUGUGCGGCUAUCGCUGGUUUGGUGAAAGAUCGUAAACUUUGGAAGUUAACAGAAUGUAAAAUUCAUUGCUGUACAGGCGACAAGUGUAACACUAAACACGUAGUGCUUCCAUACCCUGGAAGCGGAGGU